CGUUUGUGAUGUUUACAAGGUGUACCUGAAUCUGAUCUAAAGACGCCUCACCACAGAUCGGGAAAACUCUGCUCCAAACAUCCUGCUCUGGUAUUUUCAUUAUAGUGUCUGCUUUUUGAAGACGGCCACAAAAUGAGUUUUGAAGGUGCCAUAAAAUCUAAACUGCUUCUGCUGGAGUGUCAUUUUACUUGGUCUCUACGAGAAGAGGAUGACUUUGAUCUUUGUGAUAUACUGAACCGUCUGGAGGAACAGAUUCAGCUGGAAUGUAAAGAGGCGAGGGUAACUCGAGCUUACAGCAGUCUUGGAUUUGUUCAUUAUCUCCAUGGCAACCAGCAGCAAGCACUCGCAUAUCUGCAGAAAUCAGUGGAGCUUGCAAAAGAACAUUACAAAGACAGCGAUGAAGUUCUUAUUGUUACCUAUGGAGACCUUGCCUGGUUGCACUAUCAUAUAAAGGAGUUCUCUAAAUGUGAAGACUACUUCAGAGAGUUAGAGAGGAUCAGCAAGAAACAUUUUGGGGGAUUCACUUACACUGUCGAGGUUCUCAGAGAAAAGGGUUGGGCAUUUCUUAAAUUCUCUGACAAAUACUCACAUGCCGCAAAGGAAUGUUUUCGACAGGCCCUUGAAAUGAACCCGGGUGACAGUGAUUUAAAUUCAGGCUAUGCAAUUGCAUUGUACCGCACAACAAAAGGCUCUGACUCUUCAGGCUCAAUAACGAUAAACCAGCUUGAAAGAGCGAUAGAACUUAAUCCAGACGAUGCUGUUCUACCACUGUUGUUAGCCUUAAGAAUGCUGAAAAACAGAGACGAUAAGACAUUUGAACCUGUGCUGAAGAACGUGACCGUAGCGCUGAGGAUGUCCCCUGAGAACCCACACGUCAUAAGAUACACAGCAAAUUUUUUCCGCCAAUUAGGAAACAUGGACAUUGCCAUUAAUCUACUGGAAGGUGCCUUGCAGGCUACCCCAAACUCUGCUUUUAUACACCAUCAAUUGGCUAUGUGCUACAAAAAGAAGAAAACAUACCUGGAAAAGAAACACAAGACACAAGGAAAAGCAAAGUUUAAUAGUAAAGAGUCAGAUGAAAUAAAGAAAUACCGGGAUCAGUGCAUCUAUCAUCUGGAAAAGGCGGUUUUACUAAAGCCAUCUUUUGUGAUCGCUGUGGCAGAUUUAGCACUGCAUCAUGGACAACUUGACAGCUGCAAAGGUGACAAACUUUUUGAAAAAGCAUUUAAACUGGCUUAUAAUGAAAAGAAACAUCUGCAGUCGGUUCAUUGUUCAUGUGGCCAUCACCAGCUGUACUGCAAAAGAUCGGAGCAACUGGCCUUCCACCAUUUCAUGCAAGGUCUGAGUCUGCAACCAGAGUCAGAGCAAGGCAAGUUGUGUGAGGACAAACUUAAAGCCAUGAUGCAACAUCGUGUUAAACGGCUGAACAGCCCGGAUGACGGCAUGGUGUGUGGCAUACAGGGAUUCAUUCAUGAAGUAAAGGGUGAAAAACUCAAGGCUGAGGAGUUUUAUGAGAGAGCCCUAAAACAUGGGUUUGAUUUUGGUGAACUGUUCACAGAGAUAAGAAUUUGGCUCAUGAGUUUCGGUGAAGCAGACAAAUCUGUUCUAAGCCUGAUUUUUGAUGGAGGAAGUUACAAAGUUGAAAGUGGGAGGAUUGUGACUUUCAAAGGUGCAAUGAACAAGAAGAUUGUGCACUUAGUUAAUAUUGAUAUCUGCAAUGCCAAGAUGAUUCUUCGAUGGGAAAAAAGGAGUCCUGGGCCUCAUGCUGUUCUUCUUGCCUUAACUCAACAUGAUGGGACAUUCACAGACCAAACCAAAGAGAUUCUUGAAAACUUGGAGUUUCUUGGAGAGAAAUUCUGGAAUCAUGUCAUCGUAUUAUGUAGCUGUAACGCAGAUGCCACGGUAGCUCAGAGAAGCGAAUUGGAGUGUAUUCAGUCACGUCGGCAAAAACCAAUCAACUACUACAUCUGUGGCUUUGCACCAGAAUCUACACAGAGGAAGGAGCUUUCAGACAGAAUACAGAUGAUGAUCAGGAAAAAUAAUUCCAUGCAUCUGGUAGUACCCGACAUUUCUGACAGAGAUUAUCAAUCCCCUUUAGGCAUCGGAAGAAGGCUAGAUCUGAAAGAUUAUCCGUUCACUCCCGAGGUCCUCUUUCAAGAGGGGCAAAGGAAAUACAGGUUACAGUGCAGCCAUGCAGGCUGGUUCCAUUGUAAGUUUACACGGAUUGGUUUUAACAUGGAGGGGGAAGGAGAGGUGCUGUAUAGCACUGAUCUUCAGAACGAUGACUGUCCAGUCCCUGCCAACUAUUACCAGGCAGGACCCGUGUAUGACCUCAAACGUGUGCAGGGUGAGCUGUCUCAACUCAGUCUACCUCACUGUGAGACCUCCAUUGAGGAUGCCUGCCACUUCAUGUCAGUUACACAUUGUUCUAAUCAGAUAGUUGAUAUCCUGAAGCCUCAAAAUGUCACAAGCACACAUGUCACAGCGAGCAUCAAAGAAACCUCAAAGUUUUUUAUUGCCAAAAAAGAAAACUGGUUCACUGGUCAUUGGUCUAAGAUGCUUGGCCAAGUGAUGCUAUUCUACUUAAAGCCAGCACAUAGAUUGCAUGUGUUUCUUCAACCAGGCAGUGUGGACCCUAGAGAAGUGGAAACAUUCAAUAAAGAUUACACAUUAAUCCAAACAGCUGAAUGCAUGCUUAAAUAUGAAUGUGUGUACAGCAUGCUAUGUGAUCCUGUUGAGAAACACGGUCUUUCAGAGAUGCCAAAGAUACAACCAAUGGACAUAAAGCUUCAUUGCACGAAGCAGUGGAAACAUUACUAUCCAACAUUUGAUAUAAAGUUGCCAGAUGGUGUGAUGAAGGUGGGUUUACAUCUCAAAAAGGAAAACCCCAGGGAAGGAAGGGUUGAAGUUGUAUGGAGCUGUGACCUAUCACUGACAGACUAUACAGCAGAACGCAGCAGACCGAGCCUAUGAACAGAUGAAUGGUGUGAGCAUGUGACUUAAAAACUAAAUCUUAUACAUUUUAUUUACGUUUGAAUCACCUUGUAGCUUGUUAGUUGCAGUGGGGAAAAUGAUUAGCUUCUGUUUUUUAAUGUAUUGUAUAAAUUAAAUGCGUUGAUGACUGUAGGUGUUUUCUUUAUGAAAAAUAACAAAGCUGAACUCAUCUAAAAAAUGAGAAAUGUUAAUGUCAUUUUUUAUCACCUUGAUGACAUUAAUGCAAACUGGUAAAUAAAAUCACAUAGAUAUAGAAUAUGAUAUAGAAUGGUAUUUAUUUGUUAUUUUCAAAAUCUUGCUACAAUACUGUAUGUCAAAGCGUGUGAUACUGACCACUGUACCUUACAGUCUUUUAAUAUUUUUUGAGAUGUACUGCUACUGCUAGUGAAAAGUGAAAUUUGGAUUGUGAUUCAUUGGGUUUGUCCAAGUUAUGAUUAACUGUAAGGUAAAUAACAUAGAUAGAGGUGACAGAAUAUAUUUUAUUUCCUAUUUCACCUCAAUAAAGAGGUGCUGUAUUAUCUUAAAAUUAUUAAUAUAGUUAAUUCAAAUGUAUGUUGAGUUUAGAGUAAUAAUGUGUAAACUGUUGUGUUUUUUUUUGGUUCAGUCUUUAACUAGCCAUGAAACUAUUUGAUGUUAUAAUAUUAACAAUGCAGAUUCUUAUGAUACAAUGUUUAAUUCAAUUUUUUUAAAUAUGGUUUACCACUUUAAAUUUUAAUUGUUUAGGCUAUCUGUAGUUGCCUAUGUGGAUGUUGGUUGAGCUUGUUCUCAGUCUACUAUUGUCUACUAAGGUUUGAAUGUGAAUAAAACGGCAACAAAAACAA